GCCUGUGACACUGAGCAAAAACAGUGUUAACGUUAAAGAUUAUAUGCAGAGUUAAUCUGUUCACCGACAGGAAAGACAGCACUGAAUAAUUUGAAGAUGUCCUUGUUUGCGUUGGCUAGGAUUUCCUUUGCUAUUUUAUUAAGUUCCCUGGGCACAUCUUCCCUGGCUGAGCCGACGGUCUUGAAAUCCUUCUCUGAGAUCGUGGCAUAUGCGAGUAGUGGAGCGCCUAUACUGAUCAGUGUGGACAUUGACCACUGUACCCAUGACUUCCCCCCAAACCUCCAGCCAUAUUCUUUCACGGAACGCCUUGAUUUCUUCAUUCUUACUGAUGUAGGGAUUUCAUCUAACAGAGAAACGACAGUGAAUGGAACUCGACUAAAGCUGGUCGGCCCGGCCACUCGUGUCUUAGCCAUGAACCUUGACCCAUCUGGAUCGGCCAACUUCAGAAUAAGCGAUGUCGAUCCGAGUACAGGGCAAGUCGUAACCUCGGGCACCAUUGUUUGUCGUAUUGGGUCUGGUCUAACCCCAACUGCUGGAGCCAGUCCCGGUGUUCCUCUCAUCAAUUUUACCGACGUUCUGGACACACUGCAAGCAGGUUAUAGAGUAUACGUGGCUGGCGAAUUGAGCAGAUGUAAACAGCCUGGACACCGCGAAGGAGACCAGGGACACCUUCUUGUCUAUGGGAAAUUGUGGGUAAGUUAAACAACAUACUGAAUUUAAUAUCUUAUGGAAAUUUUCUGUUUGAAGGCUACCGGGAAGUAUUUUGUUGAAUGUAUCAGACACACAUAUGUAAGCGUAAAUAUGUCUUUUUCGCAACGUCCGAUGGGUGAAUCAAAUUCACAAAAAGGCUAAAUGAAAGCUUUACUGACAUGUAGACCGAUUAAUCCAAUCUAUAGGUAGGCCUACACGUAUAUUGGAACAACUGGACACCCAUAAACCAGUAAUGUUAGGAAGAUGUAACAUUAGAAUCAGAAAUUUGAAUCAAGAACGUUUACGCCUACACAAAGUUUAAAACCGUAUCUGACACGGUAGGACGUAAUCUUCUUCACGCCGACAUGAAAACAUAAUUUCUUAAUAUGUCGAUCGAAUUGGAUACACGAACUAAAUGCUCCGAGACUGUACUUUCAGUUUUGAAUUGUAGGCAACCGUUCAAAUGUUGGGCGCUAUAAUGCAGCCUCUCGAUCAUUUUUCAGACCAUCGCAUAAGCCAGGGCGGUUCCGUGACGUUCAGCAAACAGACACCAUUCCUGGAAGCCGACGAACUCUCGCAUGGUUAUGGCAAUGUUAAGCUAAACAAAGAUGGGUCCAUUGAUGUGUUUUACUACGUCUACAGACCUAACGCUCAGAUAGCCCCCGUUAGACAGCACUGGAAGUGUCAGCUACAAGAAUCAUUUAACUAUAUCAAACAAUCCUAGCCGGAGAAGGCAUAUACUUUACGCAAAAGCAGAACUCGUGACGUCUGUUAACUAGCUCAAACCUAAUUUAAAAGCUUAUAUAAACAGCAUUAUGCAUGACAAGUGAGGUUGGUUCGUUUCCCAAAGAGAUGCAGUGCUUAUUCUUGACACAUUCUCUCAAAGCAGUUUCAAUUUCCAGGCAUCAACUUUUGACUUAUUAAAGCCUGUGUGUGGAAAUCUUAUACAUACUAUUUCUAAGAACCUGUUCAUGUAAUAUUGUGAAUAACUUUGCUUGUAAGGUUCUGGGAAAAAUACCGAUGCCACCGCCAUAUUGACACGUGUGCGAUUUUCUGGCAACAGUGGCGGUGAUUAUCAACCUACGGAACUGUCCGAAAAUACAUGAGAUAUUUCAGUAAUUAUGCAUCCAAAAAGUGCAAGACGAUACAUAAUACGUGUCUACCAGAAUCGUCGUUGCUUGAUGCCCUUAUAUAUAUGCGAAGUAAACAAAUUAGAUAUGAAGUAUUUAUCUGAAUCCCCGUAUGUGUUUCCAGCCUUUGGUUUCAAACAUUAGGAAACGUAAUAUCUUAUCUGCAAUUUGUAAAAUGUGCAAGAAUUGUGCCAAAGUGGUUAAACACCAGAUCAGAGGUUAAAUGCUGGAUCAAAGAUCAAAAACUGUAUCACACUGUAAACAAUGUGUCACAGCCUAAAAGCUGGAUCAAAGAAGGCAAUUUACACUGGAUCAAAACUAAACGCUGGGUCAAAGACUUAAUACAGGAUCAGAGGCAUAACACUGCUUCAGGGGCUAAAUAUUGGAUCAGGAGAUAAUUAACACUUAAUUAGAACUGAACGCUCUGUCAGAGGCCAAAUUACUGGAUCAGAGGAUGAAACACUGGAUCUGGCAGGAGCUAAACACUGAUUCAGAUGUUAAAAGCUGGACCAGAUGUUAAAGGCUGGGCCAGAUUUUAAACACUAUAUCCAACAGAUGUUAAAUCUCAUUCAGAUGUUAAACAUUGGAUCAGAGGUUAAACAUCGGAUCCAGCAGGUGCUAAACACUGAUUCAGAUG